ACAUCCAAAGUGUACUAACGCGAGUUUCGUUAGCAAAGUUGUGAAAUUAUUGUGUCACAAGUUCAAAUUACUGCGAGAAGUUUAAGUGUGUUUACAUAAUAGAAGGAUUUUAUGUAAAGUGUUAGUGCAUUCUGUGAAAAUUCACAUUCGGAUUUCACUGCGGAGUUUGGAAAUUAGUGAAAUUCAAGAGUUAAGAAGCAUUCGUCUAUCCAAAAUGUACAAGGAAGCAGUUGUUCCAGUAAAAGCCGAGACCUUCAGUGUCAUAGCAGCUAAAAGCUCUAUCGGACAAUGUAUCAAGACAGUGUUAAGGCGAGCCUGUGUCGAAAAAAGGUUAACAAUUGGCUUACUUCCCGCCAUUCAAUACUUAUCGAAGAACUGCAAUGGUGCAUUGUUUUGCCUGACCGCCGAAGCCCCGCCUGGCGAUAGUGCAACGCAUAUGCAAGAUGUCCUCCUGCAAGCAUUUUGCGUUGAAAAUGAUAUUCAUGUUAUUAAAGUCGAUUGUGAGACUAAGCUGAGGAGAAUGCUCGGUUACUGCUCUCCCAUGGACUUCAGUUGCGUGCUGGUACACUAUCCGUAUACAGAUCCAUUCACAGACAGUCAAGAAAUAGAUUUAUCAACAUUAUCUGAAGCCGAGAGACAGUUGAUCGACCACUGCGAAUCAGACUGGGGCUAUUCACAAAUGCCCGUCAUCAAGUUGCCCGAGAAGUGAAUUAAACAUGAGGAUAUUAUUGUGAAAAGAAAAUUUUGCGAUAUUAUUUUUCAAGUAGGUCGCCAUUUUGGCUUAGGCACAACGCCAUCUGUUGUUUGGUAGUUGCAUUAAGUCUGCUUGACAAUGUUUUGGGGUUUGUUUUGAAUUAAAAUAAUUUAAAAAUUGAUAGAGAGCAAUUUGUAAAAUGUAGGUGCUAAACUGCUACUGUCUUAAAAUGUAAAAGUGUUUUUUUCAUUGUUUCAUAAGAUAGUUUAAUGUAACGAAAAAUGUAUUUAUUAUAUCUUUAUACCAAUUUCGU